UGGCUGACGGUAGCCAUGUUUGCAUUGCCAGCUGUCUGGAUGCGAGGCAGCUAACCGGUGAGCUGUCUGAGCUACAUUUGCCCCUCUGUUCGGGGUAACAAAAAACACAUAACAACCGUCCACCCUGUUAACACCGGCUUCUUUUUACUCGAUAUGCCGGUUCACUCCCGGGAGAAGAAAGAAAGCAACCACGAAGACAUGGAGGUGGAUUUCCCCGAGCAGGACGGCAGCAGCACAGACGAGGAGGACACUGUUAGCUCGUCCGUGUCUGAAGAUGGAGACAGCUCUGAGAUGGAUGAUGAAGACUGUGAGAGGAGGAGGAUGGAGUGCCUGGAUGAGAUGACCACCUUGGAGAAGCAGUUCACUGACUUGAAGGAGCAGCUGUACAAGGAGCGUCUAAGCCAGGUGGACAUCAAGCUGCAGGAGGUGAUGGCUGGUUGUGCCCAAGAGUACCUGGAACCUCUAGCCAACCUGCAGGAGAACAUGCAGAUCAGGACCAAAGUAGCUGGGAUCUACAGGGAGCUGUGUUUGGAGUCAGUGAAGAACAAGUAUGAGUGUGAGAUCCAGGCUGCCUGCCAACACUGGGAGAGUGAGAAGUUGCUGCUGUUUGACACUGUGCAGAGUGAAUUGGAGGAGAAAAUAAGAAGAUUAGAGGAGGACAGACACAGUAUUGACAUCACAUCAGAGCUGUGGAAUGAUGGAUUGCACUCACGGAAAAACAAAAAGAAAGAUCCAUUCUGCCCGGUCAAGAAGAAGAAGCCUGUUGUUGUUUCUGGGCCUUAUAUCGUUUACAUGCUGCAGGAUCUUGAUAUUCUUGAGGACUGGACUGCAAUAAGAAAGGCGAUGGCAUCACUGGGGCCUCACAGGGUGAAGGUGGACGCCCCUGCAGUCAAACCUGACAGACAUCACCAUGUGGCCCGCUCUGAGGAUGGUCGUCUUUUCUAUGACAACCAGUGGUACUGCAGAGGGCAGGCUAUCUGCAUCAACAGGAAGGACGAGUACCCAACCAGUGCAAUCAUCACCACCGUGAACAACGACGAGGUGUGGUUCAAACGACUGGAUGGCACCAAGUCCAAGCUGUACAUCUCCCAGCUGCUGAAAGGCAAAUACACAAUCAAGCACUCAUAAAAAAAACAACACGCAAACAUACAGAAAAAAAUCAACAACUCCCAUCUUUGCCGUGCUUCAGUUUGUCUACUGUCAUUGUGAUAUCUUUCAACCUUAUGCCAUAUGUACAGUCCCACGCACACAGAGGGGAGAAGUGAGGUGUGUCUAUGAGAAACGAAGAUGAACAAUGAUUAACUGACCCUUGUAGUCAAAGGGGAAGCUCUUCUGUAAAUAUGUAUGUAUGUUGAUAUUCUUGACAAGGUCACAAAGUGUCAUUUUCUCUGGAAUGGAGAUCAAUGCAAAGUGCUGCUAAAAAAAAAUCAAAGGGGCGAAGAACUGGAGCAGUAACAAACUGUGAACUGCAGAGCUCAGUUGUGUGCCUUUCUGAGACAAGACGAUGCCUCUGCUGAUGAACACAAAAAACAAAUGAUGGUGAACUAUUAAUAUCAAUGCAGUGAAGCCUUACUCUGUACUGUGUUAGCUCAAAGAGGACUGAAGCGGGUCAAUGAAUGAGUGAGUGAGUGAGUGAGUGAGAGAGAGAAAAAACCCUGAUCCAGGUGAGAAUGCUGUCAGCUGUGUGUUUGAUUUUCCUCUCCAGCCGCAUCAGUGAGAUUUGAAUUUCACGCUCCAUAGAGCCUAUUUAAUCCGUGUAAGGAUCUCUGGGGACCCCAGUUUGAGAAAAUGUUUGAUUUAGCCAAACAAAUUGCACAAGUGUCAAUACGGAUACGGUAAAUGAUUAAUCAAUUUUGAAGCAAAUGGUUGUAUUGCGAACUUAACGAGAUGAAAGGAUUGUUCAAGAAAACCCCAGGGGUUUCUUAAAUCCACUUGGGGAGCCACUCUACUAAACGAUCUCUUUAUGUUUAGAAUAAUUUAACAGCAUUUUGUUUAAGUUCAAACCGAGGCCAGCUUCGUGCACUAAGAGAACUCUAAAAUUCAGAGCUGUGUUGUCGUCAGGAGGUGCCCUGUAUGUACAGAUGUUUCUGUUUUCUCUGAUUCUUUCUCUCUUUCCAAUCACGUUGCCAUGUGUCUGACAGUGCCUGAAACUCAAAAUUACAGGAGACGAUCCAGACAUAGCGUGCCCUGCUCUAUGUCUGUGUGGGCUGCAUCUUUGUCUGUAGUGAGGGGCCUAAAAUUUGUACUUCAUGGUGCCAUUUUUCAGUCUUCUUUCUGAAUUCAGCUGGUUUUGUGUGCGCUAUGCAGUGUAAAUGUUACACCUCUGAAAAAAAUCAAUGUUAUGUUUCUUGUCCCUCUCAACUGUCUCUUUUUCCCUCCUUCCCCUUUGCCCUCCCUUUUUUAUCUCUAAUAUGAUCCUCAGUGUUGAGACACUAAAUGAAAAAUGAAGACUAGGGGGUUUUUGUGGUAUGCACAAUCCAUCCAAUCGUACUCUCUGUCUCUAAAUUCUACUUGAUUUGAUGUUGAGGAUCUUGUUCUGUGUUGUAUUUAUGGUGCUAAAUAUAUUUUUUAUCAUUGCAUACAUACUCUUAAGUAUUACCUGCCAAUAGUAUUGUAAAAAAAAAAAAAAACAGGCACUCGCAACAUAAGAUCAUGAAGUGUCUCCGAAGCCUCAUGUGGCGUUCACUAAGUGAAACUUUUCAUAGGUUGUUGUACAUUUGUUUUAAUUUCUGCUUCAUUUCUACCUUCUUAUGCUAUAUGCUUCCUUUUCCACAUGAUGGGCAAAAGGAAAAAAAAUAUGUGACAUUGUGCCAAUGCAUGUAAAGUUGAUUAAAGAUUUUGUUUGUCAUUUGAAGAGAUUCAAACCUGCACAUAAACAGUUCUUAUCCUUCAUACGCAAAA